GGUGGGGGCAGUGCUGGUUUGGCUAGUAAGGGAAAGAAUAAUAUUAAAUUCUUAACAGUAUAUUGUUGUGAUUGAUAUAGAGCACGUGCCCGACAAAUCCCAGCUUAUCCUCUCUGCCAGUCUCUACGCUACCCCCUCCUCGCACAGGGUCUUGUACUCCAUCCAUCGUUUUCUUCUCUCUCCGGAUUUCGUUUCCUCAACUGGAUCGGCGACGAGUUUGGGAAACCCUAACCCUAGUAAAAUCAAAUCGAUCGCUCGUUUCUCUCUCUUCAUCGCCAGAUCUUCAGACUUCACCGGCCUUUGACUGCUCUACCAAACAUGGCUAGCUUGGCUCCCGAAGGUUCUCAAUUUGAUACUCGUCAAUAUGAUACCAAAAUGAAUGAGUUACUUGGCACAGCUGAUGGAGAAGAAUUCUUCACCUCAUAUGAUGAAGUUUAUGACAGCUUUGAUGCAAUGGGCUUACAAGAAAAUCUGCUGCGGGGCAUCUACGCUUAUGGUUUUGAGAAGCCAUCUGCAAUUCAGCAAAGGGGAAUAGUUCCGUUCUGUAAAGGACUAGAUGUUAUUCAACAAGCACAGUCUGGAACUGGAAAAACCGCAACUUUCUGCUCUGGAGUUCUUCAGCAGCUUGAUUAUAACAUAGUUGAGUGCCAGGCAUUGGUUCUUGCACCCACUCGUGAACUCGCCCAACAAAUUGAGAAGGUUAUGCGAGCACUAGGUGACUAUCUCGGUGUGAAGGUUCAUGCUUGUGUGGGAGGGACCAGUGUGCGUGAGGAUCAGCGCAUUCUCUCAAGUGGGGUCCAUGUUGUUGUUGGUACUCCUGGCCGAGUAUUUGACAUGUUGCGGAGACAGUCGCUUCAUCCUGAUUACAUUAAAAUGUUUGUGUUGGAUGAAGCUGAUGAAAUGCUUUCACGUGGUUUCAAGGAUCAGAUCUAUGACAUUUUCCAGUUGCUGCCACCCAAAAUCCAGGUUGGGGUGUUCUCUGCCACUAUGCCACCCGAGGCCCUCGAAAUCACUAGGAAAUUCAUGAAUAAACCCGUGAGGAUUCUUGUGAAACGUGAUGAACUUACACUUGAGGGUAUUAAGCAAUUUUAUGUCAACGUUGAUAAGGAGGAAUGGAAGCUUGAGACUCUUUGUGAUCUUUAUGAAACCUUGGCGAUAACCCAAAGUGUCAUCUUUGUUAACACUCGGCGCAAGGUUGACUGGCUCACUGACAAAAUGCGCAGCCGUGAUCACACUGUCUCUGCCACCCAUGGAGACAUGGAUCAGAACACGAGAGAUAUCAUCAUGCGGGAAUUUAGGUCUGGUUCCUCUCGUGUGCUCAUUACCACUGAUCUCUUGGCCCGUGGUAUUGAUGUCCAACAAGUCUCCCUUGUGAUCAAUUAUGACCUCCCAACGCAGCCAGAGAACUAUCUACAUCGAAUUGGACGUAGUGGACGGUUUGGGAGGAAAGGUGUUGCCAUCAAUUUUGUCACAAAAGACGAUGAGAGGAUGCUCUUUGACAUCCAGAAGUUCUACAAUGUGGUAGUUGAGGAGCUUCCAGCAAACGUUGCUGAUCUCCUUUGAGGGGUUUUGAUCUGGCGAAGUAAAUUGUUUCCUUCUUGGAAGUUAUUUAUCAUCGUAUUCCUUAUGCUUUAGAACAAUGGUUAAACCUGUACGUGACUGCAAUUUUGAGUGCAAGUUUUGUUUUUUUGUAUUUUUUUUUUUUUGUAUGGGUUAUAUGUACUUUCAAAAUUCAGUGUUGUUUAAACUUCUGUUAUUUAUUUCUGCAGUUGGCGUUUCUGUUUCUGUAUGAGAAUGAUACUCCUAUUAAGUUAUGCUCUUGCUUUCCUUUCAAGACAGACUACUUUACACAAGGUUUCUGAAUGGCAUUUUCUCCUG